AUGAAAUAAAAUAUAAACAACAAUCCUAAAGUUAUUAGAAAGAGUAACUACAAAUCUCUAUAAUCUUAUAGGACCUUGGAGUGAAGAUGAAGAUUUGAAAGUUCUUGAAUUGAUACAAACAUUUGGUCCUUAAAAAUGGACCUAAAUUGCCCAAUAUUUACAAGGAAGAGUAGGAAAGCAAUGUAGAGAAAGGUUCAUGCCAUUACUCAUCUUUUUAGAUGGCAUAAUCAUUUAAAUCCAUUGAUCAAAAGAUCUCCAUGGGAUGAAGAUGAAGAAUGGAUUUUAUAUCUAUAUCAUAAAGUCUUUCGUAACCAUCUUUUUUUAAUAUUUAAAGGUAAUAAAUGGUCUGAAAUUGCUAAACAUAUUAAUGGUCGAACAGAUAAUUCAAUAAAAAACCAUUGGAAUAGUGGUAUGAAAAAGAAGUUGAAUGAAUUCUCGUAUAAAUUCAACUAAAUUAAGUUAAAAUAUUAAAAAGAAGGGUAUCCUAUUGUAUUAUUUACUCUAGUGUUUAAAUAUUGAAUGAAUAUGAUAUCUAAUAAAAAAGCAUUUUAGAAGCUAUUUUAUCUAAUAAACCAUUGAGAAUUGAAUAAAAUCAAUUUUAAGAGCAAGAUAACAUUGAGUAAGAAUAAAAUCAAUAAAAAAAAAUAAGAUUGGAGAAUAUAUAUUCAGAAAAAUAUACUGAUUUAGAAUUUAUUUAAGAUGAUGAUAAUGUAAGAGAAUAAAACUUAUAAAAUCAUGAAUUAGAUUAUAGUAAUAGGUUUAAUAAAUAUUACUAUUAUAGUUAUUUGGAUUCAAAUCAUAAGUUCCUAGUUUCUAAGAAUUAAAUUGAUAGUGAUGACAAUUUCUAUUGA